UUUGAAAACAAAAGUGUGCCCCUAACCACUGCGUGGUGCUGUAGAGUCCCAGAAACAGCUCCCAGACCCGGGGAAGAGCAAUGCUGCAGGAAUUCAAACUCGAAAUCCAGUGACAAACAAAAAGAUGCCUUUCUGAGACUUUGCAUAAUGUGCUUUGGCAGCAAGACUGAGAAACUGCUUGAAUCAAACCAUCGCUAAUGUUGAUGACAAGCCCCAGGAUGACAACAGCACAAGAAAAACAAUAUCCCCCAUCAUUGCUGAGCUUUUUCAUUUACAAUCCAAAGUUUGGACCAAGAGAAGGUGAGGAAGAAAAGAAGAUUCUGUUUUAUCAUCCUAGUGAUGUUGAUAAGAAUGAAAAGAUUAGGAAUGUUGGAUUGUGUGAGGCGAUCGUGCAGUUUACAAGGACCUUCUGUCCCACCAAGCCUGCAAAGUCCUUGCAUACACAGAAGAACAGACAGUUUUUUCACGAAGCAGAGGAGAAUUUCUGGAUGGUUAUGGUGGUGUCAAAUCCUAUGAUUGAAAAGCUGAACAAGGAUGGAACUCGUGUCCCGGAAUACCAGGAGGAUGAGUUACUGGACACAGUUUAUGGGGCAGUGAUCCAGCAGUGCUAUUGUAUGUACAAGCUCUUCAAUGGCACCUUCGCAAAAUCCUUGGAGGCUGGAGGCGUUGAACAUCUGCAACAGAGAAUCCAGAAAUUUUUCUACAGGCUCUGGGAGGGAUAUGAGAGCCUUAGUGAAGUAGCAGAAGAAAUUUACUGGAAUAGUACCAGGGAUGAGGCCCUUCAUUUAUGUGGAGAAACUGGAGAAGCUACGCUGAUCUUGUUUCUCACUGGCCCUUAUGAUAUCAACAAUCCUGACCUUGUAGUGCGGUUUCCCAGGAUCUUUGUGAACACUGAUACCACCUAUGAAGAAUUGCACUUGAUUGUUUACAAGGCUAUGAGUGCAGUGGUUUGCUUUCUGAUUAAUGCCUCAGUGGAGCUGACUCGAGAAUUUUGCCAGAGACUAGAUAACCUUGUAGGACCUCAGCUCACUCUCUUGGCGUCGGACAUCUGUGAACAGUUUAAUACAAACAAGAGGCUGUCAGCACCUGAAAAGGAACCUCAUUUCAAGUUUAUUUACUUCAAUCACAUGAAUCUAGCUGAGAAAACGACCAUUCACAUGCGGAAAACAGCCAGCAUGUCCCUGACCUCGGUCCACACUGACCUAAUGAAGAUCCUGGGAGAUAUUAACAGUGAUUUCUCAAGAGCUGAAGAAGAUGAAGAAAUCAUCGUAAAGGCGAUGACCGAUUACUGGGUGGUUGGCAAAAAGUCUGACCAGAGGGAACUUUAUGUAAUCUUGAGUCAGAAGAAUGCAAAUCUGAUUGAAGUUAAUGAGGAAGUUAAGAAACUCUGUGCAACGCAGUUUAGCAACAUCUUCUUCUUAGAUUAACCAUCCAGUUCGCCACCCAUUAUGGCUUUGGGUGUGUCACAGACAUUCAGAUGAGCGCUGGCACAAGCAGUAACUGUACAGUGCUGGACCCAGCAAGUAACUCCUGCUCUACACUCUGCCAAUGGCCAGUGCAGCGUCCUCAUUAAUGCUGCUUGUCCUUGGAAGUCCCCAUCUCGAUUCACAGACAGCAGAUGCUGUUAUAGGAAAUUUCCAUGGAAUGUAAGAUAAUUAGAUUUUAAAUAUUUAUGGUAACUGAAUUAAAAGAAUGUCAACUUUAUCGUUCCAGUCUGUAACAUAUAGCAAGCUUGUAUUGUAAAAAAAAAAUAAAUUAACAGUAACAUUUGAGUGACAUUUUAACUUCUUUCCAAUUGUGUCUGUGUAUUUUUGCUUUAUUUAUACAUUGACCCUCAUUUAAGAGGGUUGAUCAUUGGAUAUUUUAUAGAAAAUUAUAUUCUCUAACAUACAACAAAUGAUCUUCCUGUAUAAAAUGGGCCUUUUUUUACUUAAAAAGUUGUGAGUUUAUGUCUGAAGUAAAACCUGUAUUUAUGAAGAAGUGUUCUGCUGCAGCAAUGCUGAGUGAAGGUCACUUUAGAGAUUAGUAUACAGCCGUGUACUGUGUAACUUGGCUUUUGAGCAAAGCUACAUCUAGUGCCCUGUAAUAUCUGUGGACAUGAAUGCUUGAAACAAAAUAUAAUGACAAUUUGGAGAAUUUAUUUAUUUUUUAAGCAAGUUCAGUCAAGCAAUUAAACUGUCCGUUAAUUGGACAUUAAUCCCACAUUUAUAACAUGUUUUAUCAAAAAAUUUCAGAAACUAGAUAGAAAAAAUUGCAUUAUGUGAACAUUUUUACUUAAAUGGGCAGUUAACACAAAGAAGCCUCUUUUAUGAUUAAGGAAAUGGAGAGGUCUAUUGUCAUGUAUAUUGAAGGCAUCUUUUGUGUUCCCUGAUGUAAAUGGUGCCCACUUAAAUCACACUCAGAGGGCUUUGCCUCCCCUUCUUCAGUGCUAGUUAUAAACUGACACCCCUGUCCACAUUACAGCACUGAACCUUAGUAAUGCAGUCCUCAAAUGUCAUCAUCUUCAGUGUCUGAUCUUGUAUACUGCAUGCUGUAAAUUCUCAAUUUUUUUGCUAGGAAGAGAAGUUAGUACAAAUUUUGUACCGCAAACUUACAUUUUUCACUUCAGAUAAGUACAGUCAUGUACCCGAUAAAUUGUAUUUUAGUGUUCGAAAAUUCUGCCUCUUUGUUUUCCCUACUUCAACAUAAAACCAAACGGGUUUGUCUGAAAAAAAGGUGCUGAUUUAUCCAUGUAAUGAUACAUAUUUUUAAAAAUAAAUAAAAUCUAUCCACACUAA